AUGGAAGUCUUGGAAGAGUAUUUAGGGUCCAAUGAUCAUUUUAUUGUUAAAGGGAAACGUACCAAGCGGCAAAGGCCAUCAUCCUCCACCUUGUCAUCAAGCGGCGCCACCGCCCCAACCGGUGGAGACGGAGGAGGAGGAGGUGAGUUUUAUUCGUUCGUUUCCUCCCCCACAACCUCAAUUUCUACGAAUUCCGAGGAAGAUGAAGAUAUGGCCAAUUGUUUAAUCCUUUUGGCAAAGGGUGGUGUUUCACUACCAGAAAAUGCGACAUCAGCAACAAAAGAUAGCAUUUAUGAAUGUAAAACUUGCAAUAGAAGUUUUCCAUCAUUUCAAGCAUUAGGAGGCCAUAGAGCAAGUUACAAGAAGCUGAAACCAUCGGAAAAUGAUCGAAAAGAAGCUCCGGUCAGCGCCCGGUCCGGCUAUCAAGAAGAAGAAGAAGAGAAAUCCCACAAAAGUUUCCAUUGCUAUACUCAUUAUAAGCCUAAAAUUCUUGAGUGUUCAAUAUGUGGUUCAGAGUUUUCAUCAGGACAAGCAUUGGGAGGACACAUGAGAAGAUAUAGGAACCCUAAUAGUACAAGAGUUAAUGAAUCAUCAUCCAAUGAUGGUGAAGAGCCUAGAAAUAUUCUUGCAUUGGAUCUCAACCUUCCGGCUCCGGCAGAAGACGGUCACCGGCUGGGGUCGGGGUCGAAGUUUCAAUUUUCUUCCAACCAUCAAGGUCUAGUCUUCUCCGCCAAGGCCUUGGUGGAUUGCCACUACUAG